CCUCGUGGCGCCGGGGUCUGGCAGGUCUUCCAUCACUCGUGUGGUGCACCUUGGCACGAGCACGAGGCAGGCCCGCGGCGGCCGCCCGACACACGUCGGGGGCGAGACGCGCCGCUUGGGCGAGACCGGGCACACCGCCAGCCCGCUGCUGCGCUCCGCGGCAGCGUCGGCGGUCGUGAAUUCCAUACUGCCUACCAAAGAAAAUCGGGGGACCCCCGAAGGGGGAGAGGGCAGGGAGGAGGAGGAGGAGGAGGAG